GAGAAACACCGAGAGGGUUGUCGACCCUGGCCGCUUUCCAUCAGCUGGCAAGAUGGCCGACUGGAAGGAAAAAAUCUUGCAUUACGCGAAGCGACUAGAGAGAAAUCAAAGUGACGAAAAGGUGUUGGAGACGCUUCGCAAGCUAAAGCAUGUACCAAUGACCAUAUCACUUCUGCAAGAAACUGGCAUCGGCAGGUCCGUGAACCGCUUCAAGAAGAAUGAUGGCGCUAUCGGGGAAACAGCGCGCCACAUCAUCAGCAGCUGGAAACAGGUGGUCUCGGACGGCACGGCUGACUUUUCGGAGCAGACUCUUCCUCCAGCGAAGCGCAGCAAGAGAGAGGCAGUCGACGACGAUGGACCGUCCCCCAAGGCGAGCAAGCCCUCCAGGCCCUACUCCAUCGAAGUGGAGACGUCGAGCCGAGGGGGCUCUUCACCCAGUCCCACGCGCCGGGAACACAACGGAGACAAGCACGGCAGGCAUCGGCCGCACCACGAACAUCACGAGCAUCGUCACCGAAAUCAUACUAGAGAGGAAGAGCCACAGAGCUCUAAGGUGGAAUCCUCACCCCAGAAGAGCCCCGAAAAAAAGGUGGUCGACAAGAAGCAGAUGAAGAAGCUGCUCAAGAAGGCCGGACACAGCGAGGGUGGACUGGACGGCUCCAUCGCCUCCUUCGAGGCCUGCUUGGGCCUCAACGACACCGUGCCCCAACCGAAGGCCAAGAAGAAGCCCGCAGCCGUCGCGAGCCCCAUCAAGAAGUCGGUAGCUAAGCCGGUCAAAGAGCCAGCCAAGGAACCGGCCAGAGAGUCGUCCAGGGAACCUACACACCACGAGUCCAAAGAACGCCACAGGACGUCACACCAGGGGGUGUCCAAACCAACCCACUCGCGGAACGGGGAUGCAAGCUUGACGAAGCACUCCAGCAGCAAGAAGAUUCAGAAGAUGCCGGAAGCACUGCGAAAGCCUGACCUGGCGCCGCUGGAUCGAGAUGAAGUGCUGUCGACGCUGCCCGAGAUUCAGCCGGUGUACAAGCCCCUGCCGCACCGGCCCUUUGACGAAGGGCCCAUGAAGCCGACCAAGAAGAACAUGACCAACGAGGAGGCCAUCAGCUUCUUGUCUUCUCGCAAGGACCGGACGGCGGUGUAUUCCGGCAGGAAAAACUGUUUUCUUCCCGAGGUUCCCAGUCUGCACGAGGCUUGCGUCAAGGUCCUCAUCGAAAACAUUGACAGCAUGGCCUACACGGGGGGCGUUCCCUACGACAUCCUCAAGCCGAUCCUCGAAAAGUGCACUGCCCGGCAGCUCUAUUCGCUCGAGGACUACAACCCCUACCUCCUGGAAGAGUCUGAUGAACUGUGGCAGGCCCACUGCAUCAAAGACUUCAAGGGCUCGGUUCCCGAAGAAGGGGAGACCUGGCGGGAGGUGUACCUGAAAAAGUAUGACGAGCGGGAAGAGAAGUUCAAGUCUUUGACGGCCACCAUUUCCGCCUCCAUGGCCAAAGCAACCCCUGUGCGGCAGACGAAGCUGGCGUACGUGGACACGGUGGCGAAGCCUCCACGCAGCGUGGCUCGGCAGCAAGCCAAGCACGGCACCGGGUUACCCGUGGCUUUCCCCAUCAAGCCUGGAGAGCGGGCAGCGGUCAGGCCGGUACCGACCAUGAGUGGCGCCAGUGCCACCAGCUCCAGCUCUAGCAGCAGCAGCGUUAGACCCUCGUCUACAGCGGCGUCGCUCAAAAAGCCAAAGCAUGCCCCACUCAUGCAGAAGACGCUCAAGUUCAUGAAACAACGCUUCAAGAGGUAGUCGUCGUCGCUUCCCUGUCAACCAGUCCCUUUCCGGAAGUCACCCGUUCCUUUGCAGCCCCUUCUCCCCCACUGCCCCGCCCUCCCCUGUACAGAAACCAUGUUUUGAGUGGUCUUGCAGUCAGCUAAGAAAGACGGCAAAUGUCGGGACAGAUUUUAUUGUCUGUCAAGCUACCAUUCUUUCAAUGUUCCCCGUUAAACAGAAGGUGAACACCAUGUAGAGAGAAAAAAAAAAAAGUAUUUAAAGAGGUGUAUUUUGCGACAUACUUCUGUUCUCGACCUACAUCCAAGACCUCGAUUUUCUGUUGUGACCUGUAGUGCUUGUUUACCAGCACUGGAUACUUGUUUGACGUUGCACUAGGUUUUUUGUUUUUUUUUUGGCCAAAGUUUUGUAUUCUUUUUUAAUAAAUGAUUUCUUUGCCUAGCCUAUUCUCUAAGAUGCUACCUGCAAGUACUACUGCUUUAAGAAAAAUGUCCUCAAUGCAUUGUUAUCAAACAUUUUUUUUUGUUAUAAAAUGUACUAUUACGCAAAACGUUGAGAUGCAAUCUUUUGGAUCGAGUCGGUAUGUACAAAGUGCACUGUUUCAAUACAAAGAGUACAACAUGAAAUUGUGAAAAGAAGCCUUCGUUAUGUUAAACCUAGCUUUUGUUUCAUGUAUGUUGAAAUUCUUUUGUUUUUAAUUUCUAAUGUAUUCCACAUUAAAGAAAAAGAUAAAUGCAGUUAUCCAAUACGUUCUACGGACCGUGAACUUUUCUUGAAAGGUAUGCAAAUGACCCGACUCUCCUUUCAUAGAAAAAUGACUACACAUAUAUGACAAAAGAGAAUCUUAUUGGCUCCAAGGUUGGCAUAUCCUAUCCAUCUUGAGCAUCAUUCGUUUACACACUACCAAAUAAACCUACCUGCAACAUUGGCACGUUUUGCCGCAACGAAAUGAAAUCCAUUAUCUACAUAAUUUAGGCAGCGUGUUGUCCACAAACUGGAGCUUGCACCACUUCUUUCUUUUGGAACUCUUUCUUAACAGGCCUUCAAAAUGUGGUAAAAAUGACAAGGUGUAUUGCAUCUUAUUUGCUUUAAUCUCUUUUGUGUGUCUGUGUGCAUGUGUACGAAAGUGUGAAUGUUUAAGUGUUCUGUUGAAAUUGCGUGGCACCGAGAAAUUUCUUGUUUCAUACUCCUAAUUUGCCGUCUUUUUUUUUUUUUUCUCGUCUAAGAGCUAUGGAUGUUCUUGCAAAAUAAAUGAAUCGGG